UGAUGCAACAAACAGCUAUUUACAAUAGAAAAAGUACAGUGAGGGUUUUACUUGUGACAAGCAUAUCUGUUCUGGAAGCACAAGGAUCUAAAAGGAUUACUGCAGAGACGGGCAGCAAGUUUUAAUCAUGAUUUCAGUGUGUUGGAGGUCUGGCUAUAAAGCUAUCGAUGAGGACUCCCAUCUCAUAAUCCAAAAUGAAAAUUCAGAAGACAUUUUGGAUGAGUUCGAUGGAAUGGAUCAGCACAUGUCUAAUGGAAUAUGUCACAAAAAGAAAGAAUUUCAAGAGACACCUGAGAGCCUGAACUAUUUACCUUCUCACAGUGAAGCAUAUAAAACAUGGCUAGAAGAGAAGCCACUCGGAUCAGACUGGGAUCGCUGGUUCAUGAUGGGACUUAUAGGAGUGUUUGUUGGGAUUUUUGGAUUCUUAAUGCACCAGAUAAUUGAUUUUCUCUUUGAAAUGAAAUGGGAGCUUGUAGAAAACUAUAUUCAAAACAAUGAUUUUCUUACAACAUGGAUGGUUAUAGCUGGAAUUGGCUUUGCAAUGAUGCUGGUUUCAUCUGGGCUAGUGGUGUUCUUCUGCCCAUCAGGAUCACCCAGUGGGCUUCCUGAGGUCAUUGGUUAUCUGAAUGGGGCCUCAAUCAGGCACAUUUUUAACAUAAGAACUUUCUUUGGAUCCUUCUUUUCCUGUGCAUUAGCAGUGUCAGCAGGAUUAUUCUGUGGACCAGAAGCACCAAUGAUCCAUGUAGGAGCAGCGAUUGGAUGUGGCCUGAGCCAGUUUAAAUCUGACACUCUUCGAAUAAAUCUUCCUUUCUUCACAAGAUUUAGAAACUCAGCGGAUAAGAGGCAGUUUAUUACAGCUGGAGCAGCGGCUGGCAUUGCCUCUGUGUUUCGAGCUCCCGUAGGAGGGCUUCUUUUUGUUUUGGAGGAAGUGGCCUCUUUCUGGGACGUUAAGUUGGCAUGGCAAACUUUCUUUUGCUGCUUGGUGGCCACCUUUACUACAGAAGUUCUCUCUUCAUCAUUUGUUGGCUUUGAAUAUGAAGGAUAUUUUGGAUUUUUCAAAGCAGAACAGAGGAUCAUAUUUUGGGUAAAAGAUCUGUUGAACAUAAGUGUUUUAGCCGUUAUUCCCACGAUUAUUCUAGGAAUCAUUGGGGGUUUGUUGGGAGCUCUUUUUGUUUUUAUCAAUGUAAGAAUCAAUAAACUGCGUAUGAAGAUCUUCACCUCUGUUCCACACAAAUUUCUCAGGCAGCUGACCAAGCUCCUGGACACUUUACUGAUCCUGGUGGUGACCAUAACUGUUACAGUUUAUAUUCCAUACUUCUUUUCCUGUUCUCCAAACCCAACAGCCAGUCAGGUCCAGAAUGCAUCUGAACACAAACCACAUGGGGAACAUGCAGCUUGGGAUGUUUCAGAAUAUAACUGCCCUCCUGGAUCUAGUUGGGUGGCACCCAACGGAAGCAUCAUGGCAAAUCAUUCAAUUAAUCAAGCUGCGGUUCUUCUGGUAAAAAAUGGCAAACAAGGAACCAUGCUUUUGUACCAGCGAGGGUCUCAUGAAAAAUUUGGAUUACCUGCCCUUUUAAUGGCUUUGAUUUUCUAUUUCACCAUCUCCUGCUGGACGGCUGGCACGGCUGCUGGUACCGGCCUAGUUGUUCCAAUGGUGUACACUGGGGCCCUGUUUGGCAGGCUGGUUGGUCUGAUCAUGGUAGCCAUGUUUGGAGUUCAAACUGAUGAGUAUGGGGCAUGGAUUGAUCCGGGACUGUUUGCAGUGAUAGGAUCCGCUGCCUAUUUUGGUGGUGUUACCAGACUGACCAUUUCCCUCACUGUCAUUAUGGUGGAAAUAACAAAUGAUGUACAGUCUAUUCUUCUGAUCAUGAUUGCUGUAUUGGUUGGAAAAACAGUGGGAGAUUACUUCAAUAAUUCCUUAUUCAGUUCAUUACUGCACCUGAAGUGUAUCCCAUACUUAAAAGCGGUGCCCAAUGUUGUACAUGGAAAAAAGAAGGUGAAUCUGGAGUUGUUCACUGCCAGAGAUGUGAUGCAGUCAUGUACAACAAUCCACCUUCAGGAAAAUGUAUUUUUAUUGGCUGAGCUUCUCAGUACCACAAGCCACAAUGGCUUCCCUGUGGUUUUCAGUCCAGCACCUGGCCAAGAAGAGGUUUUCCUGGGAACAAUUACAAGGCUGGAGUUAUAUAUGCUGCUUUCUAACAGCAGAGUAUUUCAAACCCCCGAAAACAAUCAGUGCUCAUCUGUUCUUAAAUACCAAGAGGUGACUGUGGAGAAGCUGCCUGAUGAAGCUCAGAUAAACCGGCUGCUGAACAAAUACUCUGCAGAUCCUCAGUAUCAGCAACUCUUCAUCAAUCUGGAGCCAUAUAUUAACAAGUCAGCAGUUUCCGUGCAAGCCCAUUUCUCACUGCAGCGCACAUAUGUUGUGUUUCGAACACUAGGGCUUCGCCAUCUAACUGUUGUUGAUCUUCAGAACCGGGCAGUCGGCAUCAUUACCAGGAAGGAUCUGAUAUCUUUACGCUUGGAAAAGAAGCUGAUUCAAAUGGACAGGGGAAAGCUUGAUUCUGAUGAAGAACUCUUAAACUAAAUUCAAGAGCAAUGCAGGAAAUGGACUGGAGAUCUAUUGUAUUUCUAUUUCACCAGAAAUACACUGUAUUGCCAAAAGGAUGCCGGCCCCCUAUCUAAUUAUUGUAAUAGGUUAUUUAAGCCACAGCCAUUAAUGAGGACACAAGUACCCCUACAUCAUACAAUUACAUUCUUGACAGUUCCGUGCUUCCUACUUUGUGACUACAGUUUGGGAAUGGCCCUAUGGCAGCCAGUGCUGAGGUGCAGCAAGCAAGCAAUGCAUUUUCUUUCUGACAAAAUAUAAAGGUUUAUUUUAAUUGUCACAGGUGCAACAGCACUAAGAGGCACAAAAUUGCACCCUUUAGGGCCCAUGCAGUUAGGAACUAAGUCUGCACUCCUCCAAGUGGUGGAUUAAGAAUGUGGAGCAAGCUUCAGGGUGCAGCACUGUCAAUUGCAGGGAAGCCCUGUGCCACAGGCAGCUGGUUAGUGCAGGGCUCUCCUGCAGCUUCUGAUGCCCCAUAACCUGUGUAUCUAAAUGAUGUGCUAGCUACGGGUUGUGUUCCAAGGCCACCUCAGAAAGUAAUGCUGCCAUCUGGGCGAAGUUCAGGUUUUGCACUGUAUUAUGGAUGCACAAUGUGCUGGAAGUCCAGGCUCAACCCAGGGGGCAACGUGGGAAGUGCCAAUUCUGGAGCACUUUGUACAAUUUUGUUUUUCUUUGCUUUGCAUAUUGCCCUAUAUAUAAGACAGGUCUUUGGUCAGAAAUUAUGAACCCUGUGUUUUAAUAAAAUCAAUUACUGGUACAUAAUUUUUUGUGAGGUUUUUCAUAUGAAAUAUAUAUUUGACUUUAUUAAAACUUAGGAGUUUGUCCCCAUUUUUCAGCAA